ACCUAACUCACCUGCGCACACAUGAGAGAGGCGGCACGCGCCCCGAAAUCGGCGCCACGUCGAACAGUGAUGUUACAUUUGUAAGAGGAGGAUUGCUGUUUCGGCGUCGAGGAUUUUUGGAGAGACAGUGCCGCUUCCGGAUAUACGCAUGAUGGAUUUGAGGACGACCCAACGACGACCAACCGACGGCCCGGUUCCCGUACCAGCCGAUGUGCAGAAGACCCGGGUUGCCAAGAGCGUCUUCAGCAUCCGCAGCCUCGUCGACGUUGGCGAUUCCGACGGCUUCCCGCCGAAACGAGAGGAACGCGGCCUGUCGACACCAGAGAACUCGGUGCCAGGCAGCAGCGAGGUGGUCCCGCGGACGAGUCCCGCGGGCAGCUCGAACGGGUCUGUAACCGGGAAUCACCCGUCGGCCCGAAACCUCCAGACGACGUCCCAACAAAUGGGGAUAUCCACCGAGGAUGCUCGACACGACGACGACGGGGGUCAUCCCCGCGCUGCCGCCCCCGCUAGCCCCGAAAGCGAACCGGAAACCGACGAAUACACCCCCAAGCGGAAGCAGAGGCGGUACAGGACCACCUUCACCAGCUUCCAGCUGGAGGAACUCGAGAAGGCAUUUUCCAGGACUCAUUAUCCCGAUGUGUUCACCAGGGAGGAACUCGCGAUGAAAAUUGGACUUACCGAGGCUCGCAUACAGAAUAACGUAGUGUGCCAACCGCUAUCUACUUGUACGUUUACCUCGCCACCCGAUACAACGAUCUCGAAGGAGCAGCCAUCGGACUGUCAGAGGACGGCACGGACUCUCGAUCGAUCCAACAAACUCGCUGCGUUACGACGCUCGCAUUUUCUAAAAGCUGCCUUGAUCUACGUCUGGUUUCAAAACCGGCGAGCAAAAUGGCGGAAGCAAGAGAAAGUCGGGCCGCAGGGCCACCCGUACAACCCGUACCUUGGCGGAGGCGCUCCUCAACCAUCAGCGGUGGUUGCCCCGACGUUGCCUAACCCCUUUGCCCACCUGGGGACGUUCGCGCUGAGGAAGCCCUUCGACGCCUUCCGAUAUCCACCCCUCGGCGGGUACCCGCCGCACCCCUAUCACAGGGCGCCACCGCCUCUCUCGCCCCUCUCGCCCCUCCUCCCCCCGGGUAUUCCCCUGUCGUACACGAGCGCAGCUCAGUCCUUUCAGAGCUUCCUGGCGAACAUAUCGGCCGCCCAGCGCCCUAAACUCGUCGACGUGCCGCCGCCCCCGCCCCAGAGGAUCGGCCCGCCGCCCCCGACGACGGGAUCCACGCGAACCACCAGCUCGCCCCAGGGCUCGCCGAGCAAUGGAGCCAACCCCGGUGUCGGGGUGCCGCCGGAUAUGGACCGCAGGACGCACAGCAUCGCCGAGCUACGACUUAAGGCCAGAGAGCACGAGAUACGGCUCGAAAUGCUCAGGAAAAAUGGCGACCUUGUCAGCUGAGCCGGGGCGUUCGAAGACCGCUGAAGAAGCGCGGAGGAUUCGCAUCCCCGAGGGAUAAGAUCGCGCCGUUAUGAAUCCGUUGAUCGGUAGAAGUUAUCGGUGGUAACAACGUCGAUCCGGCCGGGUUCGGAUCGGGGUUGAACCACCGCUUAACGCACGCGUUUGCGAUCUUUAUUCCACGUUGGGUUGGACAAUUCUCGCGCAAGACUUUGGCGAAACGUCCUGUAUUAUUAGAUUGACCGACACGUCCCGCGGAUCUUCGCUGACGUAAUCGUAGAACCCAACGGGAGAUGACCAUGUGGGACACUGGAAAAUGGAAAAAUCACGUUUAGUAACCGCGUCGAGUACUUUUUCGAUGAUAUUUUUCAAGGAUCUUUCAUGGAUUCUACGGUUGCGUCGUCGCGGUUUAGCGAAGCAUCGGUGGGACGCUGGAGGUCGAGGCUGAAUUUUCACUGAAAAUUAACAUUUCGCCUUCUUCUUCUUAACAUUAUUAUUAUUAUUAUUUGAUCGUUAUAUGCAA